AUGGAAGAAACCAGCGCAGACUAUAUAAUCGUUGGCGGCGGUCUCACGGGGUGCGCACUUGCAACGCGCCUUGCUCAACGUCUCGACUCCUCCGUCUCUAUUCUCAUUCUUGAAGCUGGACCAGAUCCCACUUCCAAUCCCAACACCACCACGCCAAUGGAAGGCCUCAAACUUCAGGGCUCCGAGCUCGAUUGGGCAUAUCCCACUGCCCCAACACCGUCCACUGCAAAUCGUGUUUAUAAUCUCACGUCAGGCAAGACUCUUGGAGGGGGUAGCAUCCUCAACUAUGGAGGAUGGGCUCGUGGCAAUGCUGGCGAUUACGAUGCCUGGGCCCAAAUCACUGGCGACGAACGCUGGGGUUAUCGAGGACUGUUGCCGUACAUGAAACGCAGCGAGCAAUUCAGUGCAAAAGAAGCAACUGCCGACCAGAAUGGCUUGGACGGGCCGUUAAAAAUCACCGGUGUCAGCGCCAGUGAUCCCAUGCGACGCUAUCCUCUGCGUGAGCCGCUCAAAAAGGCAUGGGAGGAAGUUGGCGUGCAGUUGGUGGCAGGCAAUGGAUGCUCAGGGAGCCUCGCUGGCAUCUCUGAGUUUCUGGAGACCUGGGAUGGUGGGGUGAGACAGCCUUCGCAUCUGGCAUACGGUCUUGCCAAAACCCGUGUCAACAUUCGCACUAAUACUCUCGUGGACCGCGUUCUAUUUGAGCGCCUCUCUGGAAAGCCUCCUCGUGCCAAUGGGGUUUUGCUUGCAGACGGGAUUCGUAUCAAGGCCAACCGGGAGGUUCUGCUCGCGGCGGGUGCGCUGCGGUCUCCCCAGAUCCUGCAGCUCUCAGGAGUGGGGCCGGCUGACAUGCUUUCUCAGCACGCAAUCCCUUUGGUUCACGACUCACCGAGUGUUGGAGUUAAUUUGUUCGAUCACUUUGCUUUUUUCCAGAUAUUCAAGCUACGGAACCCUAAGCGAGGACUGGCGCUUGGCCAUCCAGCAUUGUCCAACCCAGCAUUUCUCAAGGGCUUCCCCGUUGAUUGGAGUAUCAACGAAGCUGUACCCGCCCAGCAACUUCAGCAGGCUCUGGCGGAUGACGGAGACAGUCUUGAUAGAGAAGGGCUUGGAAAUCCAGGUCGCACGCAUGUUGAGUCUCUUGUCAUGUACCAUCCCUACAUCCCUGGGCUGCCUGUUGACGGGAGCCUGGUUGCGACUUCGGUGAUGCUCACCAACCCAACUUCACGAGGAUCAGUCGGAUUGGCAUCGGCGUCUCCCAACGACCUUCCUGUUAUUGAGCCGAAUUACUUCUCCACUUCGGUAGACCACGCAGCAUUGGUACAUGGCUCUCGCAGACUGCUUCGAGCACUCACAUAUACCACAUCGGGCCAGGAAUUCUUCGAGGGUGAAAUGGCACCAGCGCCCGGCUUGGACCCUCUCAGUCUGAACAGUAGCGAUGAUGAGAUCACAGAACGCAUUCGAAUGGUUGGAUCUCCACAUUAUCAUCCUGCUGGGACAUGUGCCCUUGGAUCGGUAAUUGAUACGAAUCUGAAAGUGAAGGGCGUUCACGGGCUUCGUGUCAUCGACGCAAGUAUCUUUCCUGCUCCAUUGAGUGGGCACCCUCAAGCUACUUUGUAUGGGGUUGCUGAGUUAGCAGCUGAAAUCAUAGCCGGAAGAGAGUAG